AUGUUGUUGCAUAUGGCGUUGGGACGCAGAUUCUUCGCUACAAAGAAGAAGCUAGACCUGACUGGGACCGUUAACCUGAUUGCAAAAGCUGCUGCGGAGGCAUCUGAGGGAACCCGAAUGAGAUUGCAGAGAAGACUAUUCGAUGAUGCUCAAGAAGUGGAUCCUUCCGACUAUGAAAUCGGACCCGCUACUGAGUAUAUACCGCGAGACUCAGCCUUGGAGUAUCUGCCCAAGCAAGACCACUCAGAUGAAAUAUCCAGCAUUUUGGCCUUCCAGUCUACAAACGCGAAUCUUUUGAAGCAGGAGAUGCAGUUCUUGUUACCACAUCCAUUGGAAAGGAAGUUUGAACCUGAACCACCUAUCCGGUUUGAUUUCAUCAGAGGAAGACACCAUGAAAGUUUGGAUUUUUCAGGCGCAUAUUUUCUUGCUUUUGAGAACGACUCCGAGGCUGCAGCUUAUUGGAUUGAAACGAGAGGAUCGCUCUUGGAGGGCAAGACUAUUGAUCUGCGUUUCGUGAAAUUUGCAGACGUAUACAAGCACAUGUUCACGCCCAUACUGCCGUACAUCAACGGUGAGGUUUUGUCAUCUCGUGAGACCCUCAAUGAAUUAGACCCUUCGUUCCUUAAAUUGCGAGACGGAGAUAUUGGGAGAAAUAAAUGUGCCAUAAUAAGAGGCCUGCCUACGAAACUAACGAAGGCAGAGCUCAUAGACGAGCUCUGGGAAUUCAAGCUGCACCCCAACGAGGAUCUGGCCAUACAGAAAAUUGAAAGAAGAACGAAAAACGGGGCGAUUCAAACGGGGAGACCCAGCGAUUGGGUUAUUGCAUUUGACAACUCGCUGGAUCCCAGUAGGUUCGCAAAGAGAUACCAUCACAGGCGAUUCUUUCCCUCCAAACCGGACGAAAUUUGUCAGGUAGAGCUACUGUGA